UUUUUUUUUGAGUAAGUCAAACAUUAGGAGGACGUUAUCAUGGCGCUCGUGUAUUGGAGUUUAUUCUGCCUUAGUUUCCCAUUCCACGGUUCAGCACAAAACAUACAGAUUGAAGCACAACCCGCUACUGUAGAUCUGAGACAGGGUGAUUUGGGUAUCCUGUGUUCUGUCGCUUCUCCAUCACAGCUUCAUACAGUGUAUAUAAUACAGUUAUUGAAAAACAAUUCCGGUCCUACACUAGCUAGGGUAGCUUCAGUUCAUCCAGGGAGUGGUGGUACAGAUGUCAUAGCAUGGCAGGACACUACAGAACAGGGCUACAGCAACAGGCUCCGUCAGUUCACCUCAAACAGCACAACUAAGGUUUACCAUACCUAAAGAU